AUGGACUACAGCAACGGAUUUCUAACUGUGUGCAUCUUGACCUUCAGCACAGCCGUGUGUAUCCUUGGUCUCAUUCUCGGUGUUGUCUUCAUCUUCUUCCAGCGACAAAGGGAGGAGCAGCUACUGGACGAUAUUCACCAUACCGUAUGUGCCGCCAUUGAAGCAUCAUAUGACGCUGAGAACUUUGGCUGCGUAAAUGACGAGCAAACACAAGUACUCAGAAAUUAUCGGGUUCCAAACUAUUCUUCGAUGGGCUCCUAUAAGAAAAAAGCAACAGCAGCAAGACCAACAAGAACAACAAGAACAACAAGAACAUCCCCAACGGAGUCGCCUAUUGGCGAAAACUGGUAA